UGCGUUGCAGGCUUUUAAAACACCUCUCUCAUUAACCCAAGAAAAAAGAAAUCAAUCUUUUUCUUUUCUUUCCCUACCAUGUUAUAAUAAGUUUUCAUAUUAAUAAAUUACCUAACUAAAAGAAAGCAUCAUAAAAGUGUUCUUUUUACAUAUCCCUUCAUGAAAAGAUAUCUACCACAACAGCUUGAAAAUGCCACUUGGCAAAAUGUGUUCCUUCUCUGAUGUCACUUUGCUUAUAUAAUAACAAAUAUAACAUCUAUGAUAAGCAAAAAAAUUCAUUAAUUUUAAUUAGUAUUAUUAUUUUGUUUUUUCUAAAACAAAUAAAAAAGAAAAAAGAAAUUUGGUUUUGCUAGUCAUUCAAUUAUCUUUCCAUCCCAUCCCCCUAUAACGUCUAAAAAUCUCACCCUUUCACGUCUGAAUUGAGUGAAUUACUCUCUCUCUCUCUCUCUCUUUCUCUCUCUCUAUAUUUGUGUGACUUCUUUGUCACAAAAUCUGCAUGUGUACGCCGUCGUUUUCCCCAACCUUUGUUACACCUUCUCUCAUUAAUGCUUCUGCUGGUUAAAAAAAGUUGUACUAAGUUCUGACCACUCACUCAAAUAUACACAUAUAAUAAUUUAAUAAAAUCCUAAAAAAAAAACAACCAAAUUCGCAUUUACUUUUUAAUCCCCGUAAUAGGAUAAAUAUAUCCCAUACCAUAUAGUAAUUAAUCACGUCCAAUUGUCAGUAGUUUUUUUUUGUAAUUCCUAGCUAGCUCCGCUAUAUAUACGACUCCUCCCCACACGGGUUUCUUUCACAAAGAAAACCUUUUUCAAUUUCUUCAGUUAGAAAGGGCAGUAUAACCCAAAUGCUCUUAUUAUUACAAUAUACCAAGCCAAGCCAACAAAUUAAGAGUGAGUGAAAGAAAGAAAGAAAAGAAAGAGAAAAGAGAGAGGUGGGUCAUGCAUCUUUUCUUGUGUAAACAACAACAUGAAUCUUAUAGCUUUAAACCUACCCAAAUAUUAAUUCGUUUGAUAUAUAAGAAUAAAAAUAGUGACCAUCUUUUUCAUCAUUAUUAUUAUUAUCGUUCUUCUCAUAAAAUAUAUUAUGGAUUACUUUCCUUCUGGUAAUAAUAUGGGUUUGUCAUCACCUGCACCUUUUAUUUGUGGUGUCCAAGAUUAUUGGUCAAUCAACCCUCCUCAACCUCUUCAUCUUCUUCCUCCUCCUCCUCCUACUCUCGUGAUUGAGGAUGAUCAUCAUAAUCAUCAUCUUCAUAAUGACUUCUCUUAUGGCCUUCAAACCUUUCAACAACAACUACAACAACCACUACCACUACCACCACCACCACCACCACCACUUCAGUUUCAACCCCAAAACUACACCACUGCAGGCGUUUUUGAUAGUAAUACUAAUAAUAAUAAUUAUUAUGGGGUAUAUGCCUCUUCAUCGUCAUCAUCUUCUUCUGAUAUUGUUUUUCAAAUGGCUAUGGAUGCUCAGCUGGAGUUGCAUAAACAGGAGCUUGACUUCAUUCUUCAAUCACAAAGUGAGAAGUUAAGGUUGGUGUUGCAUGAACAAAGUAAGCAACAAUUAUCUGUUCUGAUGAGUAGUUUCGAGUCAAAGAUGAUGAGCUUGAUUAGGCAAAAGGAAGAAGACAUGGUUCGAGUUAGAAUCAAAUCAGAGGAGCUUCAUGAUGAGUUGAAGAAUGUAGAGAUUGAAAACCAAACAUGGGAAAGAGUGGCUAUAGGAACUGACUCUACAGUUGUGGACCUCAGAAACACACUCGCUUAUUUCAAAGGCAGAAACAAAGCUUUGAACGUUAACAACAACAACAACCAUAACCUGGUCGAAGAUACCGGAUCAUGUUGCGAGGGAUCAGUACUUUAUAAAAAUGACCAGAAAUUUGUUUGUCACAGCUGCAAAACACAGAGCUUAUGUGUUCUUUUCUUCCCUUGCAGACACCUUUGUUCUUGCAAGUCUUGCGAAACCUCUCUUGUUUCUUGUCCAGUUUGUGAAACUAACAAGGAGGCAGCCAUGGAAGUCUUUUUCGUCUAAUUACAAAAAUAAUAGCCCCCACCCAGUAUUCCGUUUUCUUGCAUUGAAAAACGGAUUCGGUUCUUGUUUUGUUUGUUGGUGUGUUAAGAAAAAAAAACAAAAACGAAAAAAGACCAUAGUUAUUAU